AGGGUUGUUUUGGAUGUGCUCAGAGCACGUGGAGGCUCGAGGUACCUUUGUGGACCUCUGACUGUAGUUACUGGGUGUCCAGCCACACUUUAAGUUCCCCGCUGGUUCCACUGAGCCACCAGUAGUGUUGUUAGAGAUGUCAGCGGGAGGUCAGGCCUCAAGAAGCCGGGAAAUUCCAGCUGUUAGACGGGUCACUAUCCACGAUGCUGCCCACAUGCCCCAGGACUACUCAACGACUCCCGGAGGGACUCUGUUCAGCACUACACCAGGAGGUACUAGAAUAAUCUAUGACAGGAAGUUCCUCCUGCAAUGUCGAACAUCUCCUCUGACUCGCACGCCUCCAAAACUGCCAGACAUCCCAGGAGUCACCAGGCCCCUGAAACCAGACUCCUCCAGCAGCACGAACCAGCCUGAACAAACACCCGGCAAUAACACCAUCCACGACUUGCACAUGGAGGACAUUGCAGAAGACGCCCAGUUUGAAAUGGACAUCUAAAGAGUCAGCCACAAGGAUAAAACAAUAUAUUGUAACUUUUUAAUGUUUACUAGGACAAGAAAAUUGAGCUGAAAUAAGAAGCCUAGUCUUACUUAGCUUUAUAAUCCACUUUCAGAUGUGUUCUGAAAAGAUGAUUGCAUUUUUUGUAAUGCUCACUAAGUGUUAAUAUAAACUCUUAUAAAACAACAGUAUCUGAUGCUAAAUGUUUCUUACUUUGAAGUGCUCUUGACUUUGAAUGAACAUGACAUUUGGAAAGUCUUUUACAAAUUAAACUAUUUUUAGGUUA